UGUUGCGCCUGCAGUUCCAGUUCCACUCAGAAAGCGGUAAAGCAGCACAUGGACAUGCAACAUUUCAUGUGGUUGUGGUCGAUGAUAAUACUCGUCUCUUGAUGAUGCCAUUUUGACAAUCAACAUCAUGGUCGUUUUUUUCAGCAAGAUCGUCCUUUCCGGUCGGAAGGUGCUGUUUUCCGUUUUCGUCUUCCUUCCCCUCUUAAUGACGAACCCAUCGUCCACGUCCGUUGUCGUAGAAGGAAAAAGUUCUGCGACCGUCGAGCAGGGCGACAACCAACGGUUCUACCAGGGCGCGGGAAAAAUACGCGGCCGGAGCACAAUGUAUGAAAACGCAGAAAAUUGCUCGCACGAUGAAAAAUUUGAUCUGUGUCUGAAGCCCUUUUCGAAUGCGAUGUAAAAUCCGAAGCUUGCGCGCUCUCAUCGCCCGCGUCCACCGGAUAUUCCUAUGUAAAAAUCUAUUUCAUGCAAAUGUGAUACAUAAUCACAAUUUAUAUGUUCGCGCGGCUAUUCCGGAUGGCCCAUCCGAUUCCGAAUGAGGUGAUCUUUCUUGUUUUCAUAUUCUGCGUUCCCACGACGACCACGCUAACCCCAAAAGUACCGACGCAGCGGCAGCAUCGUCGGAGAAUCCGGAUGUCAUUUUGUUCUGCGCCGACAUCGUGCAUUCUUUCGGCGCAAGCAUCGCUGCUUUCAUUGCCCUACUGACCUUCGUGACGAAGUGGAAGAAGACCGUGACGUGUUUCUCGUCGAAGAACAACUGUCAUACCGUGAUCAAAAUCAACACCCCGGUCUCCCUGGAAACGGACUGGGGCCUGUGGGGCGUGCAUUCCGGGGCGGGGCUCAGCGAAUUGUCCCUCGCAGAGAAGGAGAAACUACCGGCGAAGCGGUUUCGCGACGUGUUCGACUUGCAGAAGAUUGAGCGGGAGCUGGAUGUGAAAAUAGCGGAAUUUGACCAAGAAGCUAUGAGCGUGAAGCAAAUCUAACGUCGAGUCCCGUACUACACGUAAUAAAAUACAGCCGCGAGAUUCAUGCAUGAAGUGAUGACAUACAGCCGCACAAACUCUAUUACUCGGAUGAAACGGCAACGCUAAUGACAUAUUGCGUAAAUCUUGUACCCGCUGCGUGGUGCUGCUACAAAACUUUUUGUACAUGCACGAUGGAUCGCAUUUGCUUUCCUGUGAAUGAAACUGGUGCAGAUAAAACACGUAAGAGGUAGCACGGCAUCCUCUUCGUUUAGCGGUCACCCGAGACAGCAAGGCGGCGCCACAGUCGCAAAGGAAAUCGCGAUCCCGUGUUCGAAUAAGCUCGAAGCGGAGGUCACCGUCCAAGUGGACAAAACCAAGUUCAUCUGGGCGGAGGACGGGCAGCGCAAGGGCGUGGCAGACUUCCUGCUGAACCCCUUCUGGAACACACUCCCGAAGCUGCUGCAACCAACAUGCCGGCCGGACGAUUUGCUGCACCGCCAACGCCCCGAGGAGUUGGCGCCCGAACUGCUCAAAUUUCUCUCCAACGCCGCCACCAUGUACUGGGCGUGGAAACGAGAACGCGAUGUCAAGACAGCCACGCUUUUGAGGCUGGCCGUAGACCGUCAAGAAGGUGAAAUAAGCAGGAAAAGUUCUAGCAGUGCCGCGGCCGGAGGAGGUGCUAGUAUCUCUACGCCAGCAUCGGUCGUCGCACAACAACAAGAGGAAACUGAAUUUGACCUCGCGUUGGAGCAGUUACGCGCUAUGGAACAGAUGCAAAGCCCAGAUGGACAUGGAGGUGGAACUAGUACAUCGAGCGUCGACAACGUGAUAAACGCAGGAAGUAGUUCUUCCGCGCGGCCCUCGUCCCUACCGCCGACUCCGAUGAGUGUGCAAUCUCUCCGCAUCCAGCUGGCGGAGUCGAUCAGCAAGCUGAAGGACGAGAAACAGGCUUGGAUCGAGUCGACGCGCGUACAGCACACAUUUAGCAGCGGGGUGCUCCGGCUGUAUUUCCAAGACUACUACAGCUUCACGCACAGCACGCUCGCGGCGAACAUGCUUCUCCACCUGAGCCCAGCGAUCUUCACCGAGGAGGCCUUUCAAGUGGGGCGGGCUCUAGCCUUUCGACCGCAGACGUGGCCGCUGGAAGAAGAACUGGUGGACGUCGCCAGUCGGUACUUCAACAGCACUGUGUAUUUUCGAAACUUGCAGAGGAAACACGCUAGGGACUGGAAGCCGAUCUUUUCUCCCUCGUCAGAGGAUGGAAAUGAACACUCGACUACAGAAAAUGCUGACCUUGGGGCGGGAGCUGACAGCGACAACCCCGCACUGGAAACACCUGCAGCAGCAGCUGAAGCCGGUACUUCCGCCGAAAGAGAUGAAGAAAGCGCACACGCUCACGACGGAGCUGCGACAAGAAUUACAAGCACAACUCCAUCCGACAAAGUUGUCAAGAUCCGCGGCAGCGAGGCCGACCUUGCGCGCCUGCAGGAAAAGUCGCGGCUCAGUGGGAGGGAAAGACGAAGUGUUGAAAACAGCAUGAUAUCAUCUACUUCAUCUCGUGGAGGAGGAGGUGGCUCUGCCGGUGGAUCCUCAUCUUCGUCGACUACGGCUUCAAGAAAGACAGUGCCUCACGUAUCAGCCCCCGUCGGCUAUAACGUUAACGGCGGCGCAGGGCAGAAUUUUUUACCUAAGGCGACAAGAAAAUUGAUUGCUCCUGACGAGGAUGACUCUUCGAACGAGGGGGGCGUGUUGCCAGGUGGCGCCGCCGGAACAAAAUCUUCGUCGUCAUCUUGCGCGUACGUAUUGCUUCGCCGCCGGCUAUUCCUGCCGCAAGACUAUGAAAAAUUGCAAAUGAUUUUAUUCGUGGAGGCGUGACGGUUUCGGGGGAAAGUCAACGACUAAAAGAAAGUAUUGAAAUUGAUGAUCAUAAUGAGCAUCGUAUGCUUUCCCGCUUCCUGAGCAUGUUUGUUGUCCUCUUUGGGCCUUGCUUAGAGGGCAGCAGCUGUGAUCAUGGGAAUUAUUCCGAAGUUCGCAUUUGAUGCAGCUUCUUUGUACUUGGCAUAUCGAUUCAUAUAUUGCAUUCGUCAUCAAGAAUAGAAACAAAAGAGCAUGAAAACAAAGCGAAAGCGUCUGCUCUUUCUCCUCGUCCCACAUCCGACAAGAGAAAUAAUUUGCCUCCCUAUAGUCCUCCGCUUGUGACCAAAGUUCCCAACUUCGUCGGGCGCACCCGCCGGGGGUCGCGGCAGUUAACCCAUGCGGAGAUGGCGACCAUGAUAGCAGAUUUGGAAGUCGAGCCUCUGUCGACCAAUGGCAAUGCACCUGCAGGCAACGCCCAGGCUCCUGCCUCUGCUGCAGCAGUCAUCACCGCGGCGCCGGACGUUGUGUCGUCCGCGGCGCCGACAGCUACAUACAAAUCGACUACUGAUCCCUACGUCUCCAUGACCAGCUGCGCGCGACAGGGACGGGCGACCAACUUCUACGCCAACCAGGAGUGCGUACAAUACGUUUCCUUGCGGAAUUUCGUGCGAUAUCCGAAGUAAAUCUGCGAGGUGCCAUGACGUGCCUGGGCCUGAUCCAUAGUAAAAAGCUCAUUCUGCAUGCUGUCAUGGUGAGCAACGCAGGGCCCAUGGUCGUGCCUGCGAUGCGAGUGCGUAAGAAGCGCAUCCUCUUUCGUGUGUUCGUGUGAAGUGCGAUAGAUGCCCAGCGCCGUCGGCAGCACGAUGACCAGUGUGGUAAGUUUAUGUUUAAACAUAACGCCCUUUUGCCGGCCCGGAGGCGACAGCGCUCGCAAUUUUUGCAAUGCAUACUCGGAAAAUCGCGACAAUUGUGACGGCGGAGACAAACAACGAAGUGAACUGCGCGGCCCUGAAUCUGAACCUUUACCGCAAGUCCGCGUUUUCGGAUCUGAAUGUGUACACGGAAGACGAGCUUUUGCAUUGGGAGAAGUGGAUGUCUGACCAGAUUUCCCCUGCGCUUUUCAAGUUCUACAUUCUGCGCAAACCGUACCACCUGGGUCCGCGGUACGACGCAAGCAUCAAUCUGGCGCUGUUCCACUUGGCCUCAGAGGCCCGGGUCUUCAUUUCUGAGGUGGGUACCUUCUGGGGAGACGCACUUCUCCUGAGUCGGCUAGCGAACGCAGCGGCACCGGCGCGGCCGACCGACGAGAGCCGAGCGAAAGAAAAAAUCGGCAUCGUGCUGGAGGCCAACGGCACGGACGUCCGCGUGGUGUUGUCGACGCGGUGUAUGGAUGGCGAACUAAGUUCUAUGAUGUCAUGGAGGUCAAAGGCAGGCGAGAAAAAGCAAAAAACAGAAAAACAAAAACUCAGAUCGAUGACUUAGACUUAAGCAUCAGCGAGGCAUUGCUCCUUCGGGAUCAAACAGCACACCAGAUCUUUUGUCCAUGCAACUAAUAAAGUGCGCCUGCGCGCGCGUUAUUAUAUUUGUGUUUUCUGAAUCUUGGUUCGCGAAAUUGAGGAGUUUAAUCCAGGUACGUGCUCUUAGCGAACGGCGCGAAAAUGCUUCGUCUUUCCACCAAAAGAUGAAGACAGCGAGGAAGAAAACGAACCUUUUGCAUGACCAAAGCAGAGAACUAGUUCCGAACUUCCAUACUCUUGAUAGGCGAACAAAACACGACAUGCGGAUUAGUGAGAGGCAGAUGCACAAUGGUGGAUAGAAUUUGGAACGGAUUUUAUCACUAACCUCAACGAUAUCGGUGCGUGAGGAGCCUGAUUUUAUGCGCAACAAGAAGAACCCGAUUUCAAAUAACAAAUCUCGAUCAUGUUUGUUGCAAUGAUCACGAUGCUGAUGCAGAUGCUGCAAAAUCAACAUGACCAUGCGAUUUGUAUUGCUAUACUUGUGAUUUUGAUUUCAAGAAAAUUAAAAUUGGUGUUGCGUUCUUGAGACAACUUGAAUAUAUGCAGCGACAG